UGGGCUUUCCGUCAGACGACAUGACGACUCUCUUUCUGUUUGUGUGCCUGUUGGUGGGCUGCCUGGCUCAGAGACCCCAACCAUGCACAUCACCGCCUCUCAUGUCUGGAGGCCUUUCUGUGUCCACCCAAAGCGAGAAGCUGGCAGCUUUUGCUAAAUACGCCUAUGAUGGCCUUGGGAGGCGGAUCCGCCUCAGCGACUUUGGGUCCUUUGACAAUAAAACCUUCCAUCUAGACGUGCUUCUGCUUUACAAACAGGGGGUGAUGUACAAGAUCAACAACCGGGACCAGACGUGCCUGAAAAGGCGCCUGAGUACGGACUUCAUCCCGCUGGCCGUUCCUAAGGAUGCCUCCCUGGUGGGUCAGGUUGUGCUGGGCAGCUCUUCGGUUCCAGGGGAGGAAAUUCUGGUCAACACCUGGACUGGGACGCUGCUGACUAAGAAGGGAUCAGCAACGUACGUGAGCACGGUUACAGAGUUCGGAUGCAUUCCGGUCAGCACCCUGUUGAGCACCGACAAGAGAGGAUGGGUGGCAGUCAGCUUCUUCAACAACGUCGUCGGACUAGUAGACCCCCAGGAUCUCAGCCCGCCACUGUUCUGCAGCACUGCCCAGCUGGAGGAAGAGGACCGAGACACACACACUUCAUUUCUGCAGCUUCUUUAAAAACUAGAAACACACUACAACAGGAGUCUAACUAUUUCACUGUAAAAUGACUUCGAAGCGGUUUUAGUCAAAACUCUUGUAACACUUGAAGAAACUGAAUGAAAUUCACCAGCAAUCGUUCACUGGGCUGACUGACAGGAAGCUGAGUGCAGAACCUUGAACGAGUAUUCAACAGCUUCAAAGUGUCCAAUAUUAAUCUGUCUUCAUUUUAGUCUCAUAAAUAUUUCUGGGUUGAUAAUAACCAGUGUUUUUUUUUCCAUCUUGUUGCUGGAUGUGUUUUGGGAGGAGGAGUUGAGUCAUGUGAAAUUUGUUUGGUCAUAUGACAGUAAUGAUGAUGCAACAGAGGACUGUGGUGUGUUUAACUGUAGCAGUACAUAUCAGGAUACGUAUAAUAUCUGGAUAUGUAAUGUCAGAAAAUAGUUGGUAGCCAUAACAGUAAUAUUAAUGUUGGAUGUUAGCAUUGGCCCGCAUUUUCACGUCGGUGAAUCCUGGAUUUAAACUUCCAUAUUUUUACGUUGCAGUCACAAACAUGAAAGUGCUUCAUAGGAUCUGACAUUUUUCCAUUUCUCAAACAUAGAAAAAUAUAUUCUAUAUGUUCAAAGAGACAUGCCAUAUGUUUCACUCAGUUUGAAACAUGUGCAGCUGAAGCCACAGGGGCAAAACAAACCUUCAGGGUCUAAUUUUGUUCCUCCGCAUGUGAGCAUAACAAAACAAAACUUAUGCAAGUUUUAACUUGUUCUAAUAUUGUAACUCCUGGUUUAUUGGUGUGUAAAACAUUUUUGUUUGGGGAUUUUUUUUUUUUAAUUUAUGAACUUGGAUCUUUUUUUGUUUUUGUUUUUUGAAGUAGAAAACUAGAGGAACUGCCGCUUGACUCGUUGUUCUCUCUUUUUAAAGUACCUUUGCCUUUAAACUUCCGACGAACGACAGCGAAAGGUUAACGUUUUCUGACACAGUUACAACAAUUGAACAUUUUCAAACUUUUAUGUGUCACGUCGCCAGCCCAUGUGAACAUCGUCUAUGUGCACGAGCUUGCAUGAAAAUACACACGAGGUCAAGCGAGUCUCACCUCAUCGCAUGAGAUCCAUAGGACAUGAAUGGAGAGAGAGAGACACUUCUAAACUAAAGUUGUAAUAAAACGUUAGUCGUUGCAGUUUG